CUCUACCUGGCCCUACCUUUGGAAGGGAUAAUUCCUCCACUCUGUCAAACAGGGUAUGAGAUUGCUAACAUUGGAAGUGGCUGUUCUGGUAAGAUCAACUGAUUUACCCUGGUGAUGAAAAAGAUCACUGUAUUUUAAUGACAGGUGUAGACUGCAGGGUAUAGUUUCUUUCAUCUCUAUCUGUUUGAAUUUAACUGGUGCCUUUUACAGGUUCACAUCUAGGAUAAGACGUUUAGAAUUCAGACUUACCAAGAGGUUAGAGUGAGAAUGAUGCUGGCUAAAAUAAUACAUUCACUGUUCAUUAGCUGAAACUAUUCUCUAUUCUCACUCAUUUCAACCCAACCAACUAACUGACUAAUACCUAAGAUCUGUCCUAACUUCAAAUACUUAUUUGGUGUUAUGUAGAUAAAGAUGAGUGUGCGGAAUAUCCCAUCUGUGGGAACCAUUCUACUUGCUUCAAUACCCUUGGGAGCUACCACUGUCGGUGUCAACCUGGGUUCAAAUCUAGGAUCACUUAUUUCACCUCCGCAGAUGGAGGAUGUAUAGGUCAGUACUGUGUUAUUAAGAUUGUGACUGCGUUGUUAUUAAUAAUAACCUUAAUAAUAAUUAUUAUAAUAAAUAAUAAUAGCUUUAAUUCCUUAACACUAAUAUGAAUAAAACUGGAUAAUUAAAAGCUACUACUGUCUGUCAGUUUUAAAUUGAUGAUGAUAAUAAUAAUAAUACAUUUUGGGAAAUUAUACUAAUACAAUUGCUCAGAGAAGGAGAUUUUGUUUAACAAGCAAUACUUUUUUCUCUCAAAAAGGUAGGGUAGAAAUUGACACCCCUGUUUUCAAUACCUUUCAAUACCUCACCUUGCAAGGAUAACGGCACUGAGCCUUUUUCUACAAUGUUUGAGAACAGAUUGGGAGGGAUCUUAGACCAUUCCUACAUACAGAAUCCUUCCAGAUCCUUGAUAUCCUUCGUCUGCGCUUAUGGACUGCCCUCUUCGAUUCAAACCACAGGUUUUCAAUGGGUUUCAAGUCCGGAGACUGAGAUGGCCAUUCCAAAAAAUUGAUUUUGUGGCCAAUUAACCAGUUCUUUGUGGAUUUUGAUGUGUGCUUGGGGUUAUUGUCUUGGUGGAAGAUCCACUUAUGGCCAAGUUUCAGCCUCCUGGCAGAGGCAACCAGGUUUUCGGCUAAAAUGACUUGGUACUGAGUAAAGUUCAUGAUGCCAUUGACCUUAACAAGGGCCUCAGGACCAGUGGACUUGCACUACAGUGGUGGGUUUGGCGUCGAAAUGACAAUAUAAAAGCAGAAAAUAACCCCAUACCUACUAUAAAAUAUGGUGGUGGAUCUUAGAUGUUAUGGGGCUAUUUUGCUUCCACUGGUCCUGGAGCCCUUGUUAAUAUUUUGGCCAAAAACCUGGUUGCCUCUGCCAGGAGGCUGAAACUUGGCCGCAAGUGGAUCUUCCAGCAAGACAAUAACCCCAAGCACACAUCGAAGUCCACAAAGAAAUUGUUAAUUGUCCACAAAAUCAAAAUGUUGCCAUCUCCGGACUUCUAACCCAUUGAAAACCUGUGGUUUAAAUUGAAGAGGGCAUACCAUAAGCACAGAUAAAAAAAUAUCAAGGAUCUGGAAGGAUUCUGUAUGGAGGAAUGGUCUAAGAUCCCUAAGAUGUCGUUAUCCUCGCAAGGUGAGGUAUUGAAAGGUACUGAAAAAAGGGGUGUCAAUCAUUUUGAACCCAACCUUUUUAAAAUUGUUGUUGUAUUACUGGUUGUUAACCUCAAAGUCUAAGCCUUUGGCAAAACAGACAGUUAAAAAAUAUAUCAUAAGGUUUUGAAGUAUCUGUCCUAUAUCUAAGACACAUAAGAAACCUCAGGAAUAUAACAAAUAUAUUGCAUUAGUGCUUAGUUGGUGAGUCAUAUCCUCAAUGGAUGAAGCAAUAAUGUCUUAAUCAACAAUUUGUAAAUAUCCCUUGUAAUCAUUCUGUUAUAAUGCUGGUUUUAAACAACAAUUCCAAAAUAACCCUUGUAAUCAUUAUGUUACUGACCAGGAAUAUUUAACAACAACAUCCUCUGUCUUCAGAAAGUAUUCACACCCCUUGACUUUUUCCACAUUUUGUUGUGUUACAGCCUGAUUUUAAAAUUGAUUAAAUGUAUAUUUUUUGUCACUGACCUACACACAAUACCCCAUAAUGUCAAAGUGCAAUUCUGUUUUUUGAAAUGUUUACAAAUUUAAUUAGAAAUGAAAAUCUGAAAUGUCUUGAGUCAAUAAGUAUUCAACCCCUUUGUUAUGGCAAGCCUAAAUAAGUCCAGGAGUAAAAAUUUGCUUAACAAGUCACAUAACAAUAAUUUGCAUGGACUCACUUUGUCUGCAAUAAUAGGGUUUAACAUGAUUUUUGAAUGACUACCUUAUCUCUGUACCCCACAUAUACAAUUAUCUGUAAGGUCCCUCAGUUGAGCAAUGAAUUUCUAACACAGGUUCAACCACAAAGACCAGGGAGGUUUUCCAAUGCCUCACAAAGAAGGGCACCUAUUGGUAGAUGGGUACAAAUAAAAAAAGCUGACAUUGAGUAUCCCUUUGAGCAUGGUGAAGUUAUUAAUUACACUUUGGAUAGUGUAUCAAUACACCCAGUCACUACAAAGAUACAGGCAUCAUUCUUAACUCAGUUGCCAGAGAGGAAGGAAACCGCUCAGGGAUUUCACCAUAAGGCCAAUGGUGACUUUAAAACAGUUACAGUUUAUUGGCUGUGAUCGGAGAAAACUGAGGAUGGAUCAACAACAUUGUAGUUACUCCACAAUACUAACCUAAUUGACAGAGUGAAAAAAAGGAAGCCUGUACGGAAUAAAAAAUAAUUAAAGGCAAGUAAUACUGCAAAAAAUGUGGCAAAGCAAAAAAGAAAUGUCCUGAACACAAAGUGUUAUGUUUGGGGUAAAUCCAAUACAACGCAUUACUGAGUACCACUAUUUUCAAGCAUAGUGGUGGCUGCAUCAUGUUAUGGGUAUGCUUGUAAUCAUUAAGAACUGGGAAGUUUUCAGGAUAAAAAAUAAACUGAAUGGAGCUAAGCAAAGUCAAAAUCCUGGAGGAAAACCUAGUUGUCUGCUUUCCACCAGACACUGGGAGAUGAAUUCACCUUUCAGCAGGACAAUAACCUAAAACACAAGGCCAAAUCUACACUGGAGUUGUUUACCAAGAAGACGGUGAAUGUUCCUGAGUGGCCGAGUUACAGUUUUGACUUAAAUCUACUUCAAAAUGGCAAGACCUGAAAAUUGUUGUCUAGCAAUGAUCAACAACCAAUUUGACAGAGCUUGAAGAAUUUUGAAAAGAAUAAUGGGCAAAUGUUGCACAAUCCUGGUGUGGAAAUUUCUUACAGACUCACCCAGAAAGACUCACAGCUGUAAUCGCUGCCAAAGGUGAUUCUACGAAGUAUUGACCCGGGUGUAAAUACUUACAGUACCAGUCAAAGUUUGGACACACCUACUCAUUCAAGGGUUUUUCUUUAUUUUUACUAUUUUCUACGUUGUAGAAUAAUAGUGAAGACAUCAAAACUGUGAAAUAACACAGAUGGAAUCAUGUAGUAAACAAAAAAGUGUUAAACAAAUGAAAAUAUAUUUUAUAUUUGAGAUUCUUCAAAGUAGCCACCCUUUGCCUUGAUGACAGCUUUGAACACUCUUGGCAUUCUCUCAACCAGCUUCACCUAGAAUGCUUUUCCAACAGUCUUGAAGGAGUUCCCACGUGCUGAGCACUUGUUGGCUGCUUUUCCUUCACUCUGCGGUCCAACUCAUCCCAAACCAUCUCAAUUGUGUUGAGGUCGGGUCAUUGUGGAGGCCAGGUCAUCUGAUGCAGCACUCAUCACUCUCCUUCUUGGUAAAAUAGCCCUUACACAGCCUGGAGGUGUGUUGGGUCAUUGUCCUGUUGAAAAACAAAUGAUAGUCCCACUAAGCGCAAACCAGAUGGGAUGGCGUAUCGCUGCAGAAUGCUGUGGUAGCCAUGCUGGUUAAGUGUGCCUUGAAUUCUAAAUAAAUCACAGACAGUGUCACCAGCAAAACACCCCCACACCAUCACACCUCCUCCUCCAUACUUCACGGUGGGAACCACACAUGCGGAGAUCAUCUGUUCACCUAUUCUGCGUCUCACAAAGACACAGCGGUUGGAACCAGAAAUCUCUAAUUUGGACUCAUCAGACCAAAGGACAGAUUUCCACCGGUCUAAUGGCCAUUACUCGUGUUUCUUGGCGCAAUCAAGUCUCUUCUUCUUAUUGGUGUCCUUUAGUAGUGGUUUCUUUGCAGCAAAAUCGACCACCACAGGUUGUCCUCUGUAGCUCAAUUGGUAGAGCAUGGCGCUUCUAAUGCCAGGGUAGUGGGUUCGAUCCCCGGGACCACCCAUACGUAAAAAUGUAUGCACACAUGACUGUAAGUCGCUUUGGAUAAAAGCAUCUGCUAAAUGGCAUAUUAUUAUAUUAUAUUAUUAUAUGAAGGCCUGAUUCACGCAGUCUCCUUUGAACAGUUGAUGUUGAGAUGUGUCUGUGACUUGAACUCUGUGAAGCAUUUAUUUGGGCUGCAAUUUCUGAGGCUGGUAACUCUAAUGAACUUAUCCUCUGCAGCAGAGGUGACUCUGGGUCUUCCUUUCCUGUGGUGGUCCUCAUGAGAGCCAGUUUCAUCAUAGCGCUUGAUGGUUUUUGCGACUGCACUUGAAGAAACUUUCAAAGUUCUUGAAAUGUUCCGUAUUGACUGACCUUCAUGUCUUAAAGUAAUGAUGGUCAUUUCUCUUUGCUUAUUUGAGCUGUUCUUGCCAUAAUAUGGACUUGGUCUUUUACCAAAUAGGGCUAUCUUCUGUAUACCACCCCUACCUUGUCACAACACAACUGAUUGGCUCAAAUGCAUUAAGGAAAGAAAUUCCAUAAAUUAACUUUUAAGAAGGCACACCUGUUAAUUGAAAUGCAUUCCAGAUGACUACCUCAUGAAGCUGCUUGAGAGAAUGCAAAGAGUGUGCAAAGCUGUCAUCAAGGCAAAGGGUGGCUACUUUGAAGAAUCUCAAAUAUAAAAUAUAUUUUGAUUUGUUAAACACUUUUUUUGUUUACUACAUGAUUCCAUAUGUGUUAUUUCAUCAUUUUGAUGUCUUCACUAUUAUUCUACAAUGUAGAAAAUAGUAAAAUUAAAGAAUAACCCUGUAUUGAGUAGGUGUGCCUAAUGAAUUAGCAAAUUAAAUCGUUUUUUCCCCUCAUCAAUCUACACACAAUACCCCAUAAUGACAAAGCAAAAACAGAUUUUUAGAAUUUCUUUGCAAAUUUCUAUUAAAACCCCCCCGAAAAUAAAACAUUUACAUAAGUAUUCAGACCCUUUACUCAGUACUUUGUUGAAGUACCUUUGGCAGUGAAUACAGCCUUGAGUCUUCUUGGGUAUGACGCUACAAGCUAGGCACAUCUGUAUUUGGGGAGUUUCUCCCAUUCUUCUCUGCAGAUCCUCUCAUGCCCUGUCAGGUUGGAUGGGGAGCGUCGCUGCACUGCUAUUUUCAGGUUUCUCUAGAGAUGUUCGAUCGGGUCCAAGUCCGGGCUCUGGCUGGGCCACUCAAGGACAUUCAGAGACUUGUCCCGAAAUCACUCCUGCGUUGUCUUGGCUGUGUGCUUAGGGUCGUUGUCCUGUUGGAAUGUGAACCUUCGCCCCAGUCUGAGGUCCUGAGUGCUCUGGAGCAGGUUUUCAUCAAGGAUCUCUCUGUACUUUGCUCUGUUCAUCUUUCCCUCGAUCCGGACUAGUCUCCCAGUCCCUGCCGCUGAAAAACAUCCCCACAGCAAGAUGCUGCCACCACCAUGCUUCACCGUAGGGAUGGUGCCAGGUUUCCUCCAGACAUGACGCUUGGCAUUCAGGCCAAAGAGUUCAAUCUUGGUUUCAUCAGACCAGAGAAUCUUAUUAAUAACUCCAAGUGGGCUGUCAUGUGCCUUUUACUGAGGAGUGGCUUCUGUUUGGCCACUCUACCAUAAAGUCCUGAUUGGUGGAGUGCUGCAGAGAUGGUUGUCCUUCUGGAAGAUUCUCCCAUCUCCACAGAGGAACUCUGGAGCUCUUUCAGAGUGACCAUCGGGUUCUUGGUCACCUCCCUGACGAAGGCCCUUCUCCCCUGAUUGCUCAGUUUGGCCGGGCGGCCAGCUCUAAUAAGAGUCUUGGUGGUUCCAAACUUCUUCCAUUUAAGAAUGAUGGAGGCCACUGUGUUCUUGGGGACCUUCAAUGCUGCAGACAUUUUUUGGUACCCUUCCCCAGAUCUGUGCCUCGACACAAUCCUGUAUCGGAGCUCUACGGACAAAUCCUUUGACCUCAUGGCUUGGUUUUUGCUCUGACAUGCACCAUCAGCUGUGGGACCUUAUAUAGACAGGUGUGUGCCUUUCCAAAUCAUGUCCAAUCAAUUGAAUUUACCACAGGUGGACUCUAAUCAAGUUGUAGAAACAUCUCAAGGAUGAUCAAUGGAAACAGGAUGCACCUGAGCUCAAUUUCGAGUCUCAUAACAAUGGGUCUGAAUACUUAUGUAAAUACGGUAUUUCUGUUUUGUAUUUUUAAUCAAUUCUAAAUUCUAACAACCUGUUUUCACUUUGUAAUUAUGGGGUAUUGUGUGUAGAUUUAAUUUUAAUAUAUUUUAGAAUAUGGCUGUAACGUAACAAAAUGUGGAAAAAGUCUGAAUACAUUCUGAAUACAGACAAUUGAAAUGUGGUAUUUAUUUGUUGUUACUUUUCCAUUCUCAUCACAUACACUUUCAUCAUCAUCUCUCUCUCAACCACUUUUUUCUUCUACUAUCAGACAUAGAUGAGUGUGGUGAGAACAUACAUAUUUGUGGGAAGUGGGGAACCUGUCACAAUAUAAAGGGAAGCUACUGGUGCAGUUGUCUCCAGGGAUUCCAUAACGAAGGUGAUAUAAGUUCUAAGUGUGUAGGUGAGUAAAACACCAUUCUCCUUGGGUCAUGAGUCUCCUUGCGUACGGUGUUGUACCAAUAGUCUUAGAUGGUGCAUUUAACACUAUACUCUGUAAUGUAUAGCCAACAGUACCAGCAAAGCACCGUUUUAGAACUUGUGUCUCUAUAACUUCUCUGUCAUAAAUUAUGUUUGCCUUAUGGUGGCUAAUUAUGAUGGGUCUGAAAGCAAAACUCAAAUAAAUGCAUUGACCAGAAUUAUUUGAAACGUCUUAUCCACAUUGUGUUUAGGUUAUUGUGUGUCUUUAGUAUCACUCUGUCAGGUCAGUGUCCGACACAUCCGUGUAUAACUCUGUCAGGUCAGUGUCCGACACAUCCGUGUAUAACUCUGUCAGGUCAGUGUCCGACACAUCCGUGUAUAACUCUGUCAGGUCAGUGUCCGACACAUCCGUGUAUAACUCUGUCAGGUCAGUGUCCGACACAUCCGUGUAUCACUCUGUCAGGUCAGUGUCCGACACAUCCAUGUAUCACUCUGUCAGGUCAGUGUCCGACACAUCCAUGUAUCACUCUGUCAGGACAGUGUCCGACACAUCCACGUCCUCAUCGUCUUUCUUAUUCCCCCACUUCCUCUUUCUGUCUCUCUUUCUCUCACUCACUCACUCAUUCACUCACUCACUCACUCACUCACUCACUCACUUACUCACACACACACACACACAGACGUAAAUGAAUGUAUAGGGACUGGGAACAAAUACCCCUGUGGAGAGAAUGGAACCUGCUGGAAUCUGGAGGGAAGCUACAGGUGUCAUUGUCCCCCUGGAUUCACUACUUACGGCAACAACCAAACUAAGUGUCAAGGUGAGAGAAAUACUUGUUUUACUUAUUCAUUUUCUGCUGUCCCAAUUGCCUUCGCUUGUGACCACUGAUCUUGAGGCCAUCUGUUGAAACCUCCACCCAGCCUACCCAGUUACCAGUUUCACAAUCAUGAUGACCGGCCUGAUACAGUGUGUUGUGAUGUGUUGUAUUGUACGAACUGAGGUCAUUUGGAUUCAUGGUUUUCCUUUAGAGCUGAAUUGUGACCCUUAUGCAACUCAGAGUACACCUGAACAGGUAAAUUCUUCCUCUUUUUAAAUUAUUAUUUUCUUAAAUGUAUUUCUCUUCAUCUUGAGGUCUUGAGAUUAUUUACCAUAUUCUUCCUCUCGUUAUCGCUCUCUCUGUGUACUUUCUCUCUCUGUAUACUUUCUCUCGCUCUCUGUGUACUUUCUCUCGCUCUCUGUGUACUCUCUCUCUCUCUCUCUCUCUCUCUCUCUCUCUCUCUCUCUCUCUCUCAGACUCUACCAGGUUUUGACAGCCUCUUGUCUCUCUUGAGAAACAACUGUUUGGUGUUGAGUAACUCCUCUGGGUUGGCUGGAGCUACAGGAAUGACUGGAGAGGUGCUUUUGACAGUAAGUUGCCACCCUGACCUACACACACACACACACACACACACACGUUACAUCACAUCUCUGUUGUCUCUGUCUUCUCUAAAGGUACUGGCCAAUGUCACUGAUGUUCUUCAACUACAGUCCAAUGGUCAAGGUGGUAACAGCAGUAAAGUGACUAUGCUACUGAGGACAGUAGAAAACUCUAUCAGACUGAUCGCUCCACAGUUGAGAGAGAAUGUGAGCAGGAUAAAUACAAGGCACACAGGUAACACUUAUACUGAAAACACAUUUACUGAUCACUCUAACCUCACCAGUACCACAACUUAACCUUACACUGAACACAUUGACCACUUGUUCUUUCAAUAAUGGUCAUUUCUAGUCAGUAUCGAUUUUUGUCCCUAUGUUGAAUAACAGAGGUAGAGGUUGUGGUGAGGAGGGACAGGACACCACCACGAGGACCAGUCAGACUGACCAAUGAGAACAUCCAACUUGACACCACCUGGGAGAUGGUGAUCGGAGAGGACAGGAAUUACCCAGGUACAGACCCACUCAGCUGCAGUGGCAUUAUGCUUCUUAAAAAACAAAGUAAUUGGAAGUUUCUGAGUGACAAGUAUUUACUUGUGUAUUUUACAAGUUUCUUGUGUAUUUUGUAUCUUGUAUGAUUUGUGUGGAGGCUGUUGUGUUUUGUUCAGUACUUAUAAUAUACAGGGCAUAUUUUGUGUACCGUAUGUUUUUUUUUUUUAGGUUGAUGGGUUUGUAUACUUGAUGAUUUGUGAAUUGGUUUUGUUUUAUAUUGAUUGUGUUUCUGUGUGUAUUGGUUUUGUGUUAUGUUGUUUGCAGGGUUUGCCAUUUUGCUCAGCUACAAGAGUCUGCAGACUUUGACCAACAGCUCUGAGCAGCUUUCCUCCAGAGUGGUGACCGUAUCAGUUAGCAACCCCAACACAACAAACCUGUCUGAACCUAUCAUUCUCACCUUCAAUCACUUGAAGGUAACAAUUGUGUCUCUCAGUUAAAGUGAUAGUUCACUUCUUUCACUUUUAGCUUAUCUUUGACUUCCCUAGACUGUGGUUGUUUGCUCCAAACCGUUUUUAAAUGUGUUAGCUGGUUAUUUAGCAACGUCCAGAAUCUCCUAGCUACCAUUUUGGGGGAAUGUAGCAAUGCUAGUGGAAACGGAUUGUAUCCAUUAGCGGGGCGUUCAAAAUCAUGGGGAAAGAACUUGGUGUGGUCUGCGUCCCCAUGCUUAUGAAUGCACCGCUAACAGAUACAAAAAUGCUAGCCAGAUUAUUCUGGACUUUGCGUAAUAACCAGCUAACGAUUUUAAAAAACUAUUUGGAGGAAACAACAACACCCUAGGGAAGUCGAAAAUAUGCUUAACUUCAAAAUAAAGUGAACUAUCCCUUUAAAACAGGUUUUAUUAGACAUAAAACACAUUUGUUUAACAGACAUGCAUGCAGUAGACCCUAGCUGUUAAUAAAAUGAUAUGAGUCUCGUCUCCUUUGUUUCCCAGUCAAGUGAUGCGAAUACCACCUGUGUUUAUUGGUCAGAGGAUGGUGAGGGGGCGUGGUCAAUCCAGGGCUGCACCUCAGUGAUGUCCAACUCCACCCACACUGUGUGCGCCUGCACCCAUCUCAGCAGCUUUGCCCUGCUCAGGGGAAUCCAAGAGAAUAAGGUGAUACACAACAACACUGUAGAACUACUAAGAGGGAAAAGGGUCUUAGAUCUGUGAGAAGGUCUUUUUGCCUUCAAACUCACACUCGGAGUAGACCUGCCUUGGGGCAGUAGUAUGGUCUGUAUUUGAUUCUUGUCAUUCCUCAUUGACAGAAACAUAGACAGCUGCCGUUGGUGAUGUGGGUGGGCGCUUCCGUGGCGCUGGCUUGUGUGGUCCUAUCCCUGCUCAUGGCCCUGUGGUGUCGUUUUAUCAGCAAAAAACACAAUGGAGGGAGCCAGCCAGAACAGCAUUUGACGCUC